AUGUUUUGUUUCUUGAUAUCAUCAACUAUAUCAUAUACGCCUUCAAAAUUCGGAUAUACAGGUACAGAUACUGUUCAAGCACAAGAGCAAGAUUCAAUAGUUAUCCUGAAUGAAGUUCCAAGGUCUAAAAUACCAAAACCAAUUAGUGAAAAAGGCUAUUCAAUCCCACCAAUUGAAUAUAAUCAAUAUGUAUGGCCAGAUCAUGGCAAAACUUGCACAAGUGAGCAAUUAAACAACGAAACUUGGGGAAUUAGAAGAGAUUUUUGCAAAUGGUUUGCGACAUACGACGAAAAUGAACUAUAUUAUCAACCUGUAGGUACUAGACAAUUCUAUGGUAACGAGAAUUUAGUAAAUAACUCUAAAAGAUAUAAAGCAAGAUUGUUCAUUAACACAAGACGUGGUCCAUUCCACCCAACAGGCCUAUAUGCACCACCUGGCGAACUAAUAACAAUUGAAAUAUCAGAAAAAAUAGUUAACGGCAUUACACUCAAAAUCAAUCGCCAUGUUGACGAAGCAGCCAACGAUAGCAAUAUACUUGGUGGUACUAAAUGUGAUAUUGUACUUAGUGGUACUGUUUCAAAGUUCUGCUGGCCAUACGGAGGCACAAUUGAGUUCGAAAGAGGAGUUGAUACAGCAAAUCAAGGAUUUGACGUUAAUAUUUCAGGUGUAAUUAGAUGUCCUUAUUUCAUUUACGGUUCCACAACUGAUGAAGAGUGGGAAGAAGACUUAUCCAAACAAGCAGGACCAGUUAUGUUCAUUGAUUAUGGUGCAGGUUUUGUUACAAUGCCAAGCACAGAUGCAAAGAAUUCCAUCAGAUUGAAUGAUGCAAUGGCAUUCUGGAGAGGUGUUUCCCGUGUCUUAUACUCAGUCAAUGAAGUCACAUAUCGCUCGAGGAGAAGUGAUGGAAGAGUAACAACUCCAAUGAUGACAAAUCUUGAUAAAUUUGUAAGAGCUAGUGAAGCCGUCGCUCUUGUUGGUGCAAAUGUUAUCUAUGAACCACCGUAUUGGUAUCCAGGAUGGGUAAACUAUGAAUCCGCAAGAUGGGGAUGCUGGGGACAACUCCAUGAAUAUGCACAUCACUUCCAAUAUUUUUGGGGAUGGGGUGAUUAUGGAGAAGUUUCAAACAAUGUUUUAAACCUAAUCUCAAUGUCUUUGAUGACAGAAAUUGAUUCAAAGAGACAGAUCUAUUUGAAUGGAUGUAUAAGCCUCGGCGAUGGCUGGGAUUACACAUCCCAUCCAUAUGGAAACAUCAAUAGCAAGGAUUUGUUGUUUUGGUAUGGUCUUCAUUUGUAUUGGUUUGGUCCUGAUCUCCAGAGAAAGAUUCUCUAUGCUCACAGAAGUUACCAAUACUUCACACGUAAUGAUACAUAUCCUUAUGUUACUGAGUAUCUCUUGCACAUAUCAUUACUCACAAAGAGAGAUCUUAGACCAUACUUCAGAUCAUUCUCAAAUCUCUAUGUAUGGGAAAGAGAUGUCAAACCAAUUGCAGAUGAAAUAAUUGAUGGUUGGGGAUAUAAAGAAUUCCAUCCUGUAUCAACAAUUUAUCAAACAGGAUAUGUUUUUGAUGGUGUUGAAUUCGAGACUGCCAAACCAUUCAGAAUUCCAGCUCGUGAACCAUAUUAUUUCGAUUUCGAAAGAUAUAAGAGAUCAAGAGAAGGAAUGCAUAAUUUCACAUUCAAGAACGUUAUUCCAGGAAAAGGAAAAUUCGAAAGAGUUGGAACAGCUCAAUACAAGUACACACCACCAGAUCCAAGUAUAAUUGAUAAAUUCUAUGUAGAAUAUGAAGAUGAUACAAACAAAGACAUCACAACAAUGGUUAUCAGUGUUAAACAGUAUUUCCAGGGAAGCACAGUUAGGAUGCAAAAUUACAAUGUAUCAUUAUCAAUCACGGAGGCUUACAAGAAGUACAACGAAGAAGGAGCCAAGUUCUAUACAUACUUUGGCUCAACUAUGUCAGUUCCAGCUGUAGGCAUGAAGUUCUUUGCUGUUGCUGAUGGAUGCUAUUAUCCAAAGAAAACAAGUCCAUAUAAAUUUGUUGCAUAUCAUGAUGAAGAUUGUUUGCUCUAUAUCUCUGAGAAUCCUUUGUCCGGAGAUCCAGACACGGACAAAGAUUAUUUAAUUGCCAAUAUCAGUGGUUAUGAAAGUAUGUAUAAGAAUCAGAAAACCAAAUGGGUGAACUUGACAAAAGAUAAGAAGUAUUACAUGAGAUUUGUUGUAAGGAACGCUGAUGGAACAGGUCAAGGAUACCUUGGAUACAUUAACAAUGAAUCAGAUCCAAUCACAAAUCUUGAAUAUGAUAGAGUUUUCUUCACAAACGCAAAUAUUGAUGAUGUUGAUAAGAAUCCUUUCAUGCCAAAGAUAGAAAAUGAUCCAACAUUGGGCAUUUACUAUGAAGGAGAACGUAGAGUUAAAUAUCCAACAAAGAAAUUCAAAUUGUUGGAGAAAUUGCAAACAAUUGACAAGAACCUCGAUUUGAACAAAGUUUUGUUCGAUGGAUAUUCAGAAAGCCAACCAACAGUUGUCAAUCAACCUCUUCCAAUUGAAUAUGUCGUUGAUUUCGGUGAUUAUCUUACAUUCGACAGAUUGUGGAUGCCAGAGAAAAACAGAUUCAUUAAUGGUAAUGUAACAAUUUCAUGUGAUGGCAAGCAAAUUUAUGAAGGUCCAUUCUAUUCAACAACAACAUUCGAAGAAACUCAUCAUUGCAGAGUUGUCAAUUUGUCAAUUCAAUCAAAUAAGAAUGGAAAUUACUCUGGACUUGUUGAGUUUGUCCCUGUUUUAUUGAAGGCAUCAACAUCAAAUAAUAUCAUUCCUGCCACUCAUUCUAAAAUCAGAUCAUAUGGAGAUGCUACCUUGGUAAGAGAUGGUUUGUAUUACAAUGGAAAAGCUUGGAAUUUGGAACCAAAUUCAAGAAUCAAAUUUAAGCUGAAAUUAAAUGAAACAGGAGAUAGCAUUGGUAUUAUUGGAGAUAAGACAAUUUACGGUGGCGAAUUCGAAAUACUCCUUGAUGAUCAACACUAUGGUACAUGCGACACUUCUUACUUCCUUGAUAAUCUUGCAAAUGGUUUGAUUACAGACACUUAUUACCAGCAAGUUUUGUAUGGAAUCAGAGGCUUGAAGAGUAACUCAGAGCAUACUAUUACUUUGAUUGGAAAAUCAGGAAAAAUAAGAAUUACUGGUUUCCUUGCUGAUGGUGAUUUUGUUCAACUCCCAGUGGAUCCAACACCAACUCCAUUACCAACUGCAACACCACGUGAAACCCCAGCUGAAUCUCCAAUUCCAACACCAGGUCAAACAGCUGAACCAGAAAAUGAUAACGGAGAUAACUUGGAAGAUGGAAAAGGAGGAAAAGGUAAAUCACUUGGAAUAGCUCUUGGAAUAGUAAUUCCAUUGGUUUUGAUUGGUGUUGCCGUUGUCGGAUUCUUCGCGUUUAAGUAUUUCAAAGCAAAGAAACUCGAAAGAGAAUCCGAUGAAGAUGCUUUGAAUGUUUAA